GUAUUGGUCGCCAUCUGACGGUUUGAUCAAUUGAUGGUAUGUUUGGAUGAAUUGAUUGCAAGAGUUGAUCGUUGAAUGUGUUAUGUGUUAUGUGAACGAUGGCAGCAAUGAAUGCAAUGUCAAUGACUUCAUCGGCGGUCACACCGAUGAAUGGCUUUCAAUCGACACCAACGGUGUCAAUGAGCCGACUCAUAGAGUUUGCCAUUCAGAAGACUUACCACGAAUUGACAGUUUUGGCCGAUUUGUUACCGCGAAAGACAGAUAUGGAGAGAAAGAUAGAGAUCGUUCAGUUUGCGAGUCGGACGCGACAACUAUUUGUCCGAUUGCUAGCUCUGGUCAAAUGGGCCGGUAGUGCGUCCAAAGUAGACAAGUGCGCCAAUAUUGUCCAAUUUCUCGAUAGACAAUCGGAUCUGUUUAUAGAGACGGCUGACAUACUGGCAAAGGCGUCGCGGGAAACGUUAGUUUCUGCACGACUUCCGAGCUUUCAGUUGCCGUCAGCCGUAGAAGUGCUUACUUUAGGUACGUAUUCACGAUUGCCGGCCAUUAUUCGUGACCGCAUAGUACCGCCGGACCCCAUCUCAAAUGUCGAUAGAAAGACAACUUUACUUCGUUUGAAUCAUAUUAUUCAACAAAGACUUGUGUCGACAGCACUUCCAUUACAAAUGAAGAGUUUUAAGAUAGAGUUUGGAAGAGUAGUCUUUCAUGUCGAUCAUGAAUUUGAACUCUCGAUCACACUUAUGGGUGAUAUACCAUCUCUUCCGUGGAGAGUAUUGAAUAUAAAGAUAUUGGUUGAAGACAAGGAAACCGGUGGAGGCAAAGAUCUGGUUCACCCAAUGCAAGUCAUGUAUUUACUUCAUUUGGUUCAAUCAAGACUUACUGACAACUCAAAUCCAUUAGUUGACGCCUACAAUACAUUACAUUCAUUUUGUCUAAGUCUUCAACUGGAAGUGCUUCACGCACAGGCUAUACGAUUAUGUUUUGAAAGAUUAGAUGACUUCAUCCGUAUUGAAGGAUAUUCUCCGGGAAAUUGUUUAGUACUAUCCUAUUGGAGGGAACAUAAAGAUGAUAAAGGAUUCAAAUUGUGUGUCCAAAUCGAUUCAAUACAUCCAUCACGACCUCUUCAAGUGAUUCAUUGUCCCGAAUUAGAAAUGAAAGACGAAAGUUUAAAAUCGGAUUAUUUUUCAAUUGAGAAGAAAUUGCUUCAAACAACUUAUGAGAGAUCAAAACAAAAGUUGUCUCAAUUGAGGAAAGAGUUGGAUGAACUAAAUGUGGGAAAAUCGGUGAUUUCAGGCGCACCCGCUGUUCUUCAUAUUUCAUUUCUUCAGCCGUGUAUGAUAUCAGAACGUCUCUUAAUAUCAGUUGAUUCGCUGACCGGAUAUUAUUUGGUACACAUUCCUCAGUUUGAAGACUGUAGUAUUGUUGAAGAAAUCCAAACUGUUAUCAACAAAAAUAUUGCAAAAGUUGUGCCACUUUUUCGCCAAUUAAAGAUUUGGUUGACUCGUGAAAGAUGUAAGAAAACAGUUGAAUCACUUCCUGUUUAUGUAAUGGAAAAUCUUCCGUUUCAUCCAACAUAUUCUCAUCCAUUUUUGGCAAUAAAAUCGCAAAAAUUGUUUUAUCGAUUUGGAAAAAAUUACAACAAUUGUUUGGUUACUGUUUUUAAUGAAAAUGAAUCAAAUGAUGAAAUUGAAAUCUAUUAUUAUUUAUUAUAUUUAUCACAAACAACAGGAACUGGUAGUGAUUCAAACAAUCAGUUUGAUAUUGAAAUUCCCAAAUUAUAUGUCCAAAUAAACAAAGCACUAAAAUUGGAUAUUUCUAAUAUAUUAAGAGAAACAUUUUCAUCUGAAGACAAUUGUGACAAAAAUGGUAAAAGAAAGUUAUGUACAAACAAUCUGUGCGAACCCAAUAAGACUGUCCGGACAGCCACUACUGGCUAUUAUAUACCACAGUUGGCACAUGUGGUCAGCUUUUGCGAAGAGAAAUUAGCCUAUAGUUUACUAUCUCUUGAACUACAGAAGCGAUCAAUAUGUCAUCAGGUGUUACAAGAUUCUGAUGGUUACACCCAUUAUAUAGAUAUCGUCAAGUUUUCACCCGCUAACCAACAAAACAAUUCCGAUAAUUAUUUCGAUAAAUUACAGACGGAUACUCUAAGUGCUAUAAUAAGACUUCAUGGAAAGGGAUCUAAAAUGUGGAAUAUUCUGUUGGCAUUUUGUAAUCCACCCGUUCAGACAUUAUCAGCUAAAGAACAGGGUUCCAGACGUAUUCUUACUCUUCCUUACGAUUACAACAGUGGUUCUCAGACUCAGAUUACCAAAAUGGUUGACGAAUUGUUAAAUGAUUGGACAGCUAUUGCAAGACUUUAUGAUAUUAUUAAAAAGUUUGCCACAUCUUUACAAACAACUAAUCAAUUGACCACUUCUUUUGAUAUUAAAUCGUUUACAUAUAAGAAAAUAAUAAUUGGUUACGGAAUUUAUAAGACAUAUAUAGUUACAAUAUAUUGGAAAACAACUGAAAAGCGAUUUCAGUUAUUUUUUGGGUGUAUAGGUUCUGCACCGUCCGAUUCAAACCCACACGUUAUCAUUAGCUCUCAAUUGCAACAUGAGUUCAAUCAACACCUAUCCAUAAUUCAAUUGAUUCAAAUUCUUAAUUAUACUAUAAAUCCAUUGCUAACAAUACAAUCGUUGAGUGGAAUACCUUUACUUGGAGUUAUUAAUAGCAGACCUCAACUACCUGUUCAAUCAUUUUGUGCGAUACCUCAAUCAUCGACUCAUAUCCGCAUUGUCUAUAGAAAUAUAUAUUGUUUGGAUAUUACAAUAAACUCAGACAACACUAUUGCCAUACGUGACGGUGCUCUCAGUUUAUUUGAUAAAAUGAAAGUUAUGGAAGAACUGAUUCCAAUUCAAGGAUUAAAAGCAUUUUUAAGCAAAUUUGUUGAUAAAACAACACAAAUGAGACGUUUGUCACAAACAGAGGAUGACAACCCACCGUCACCUAUAGAAUCUGUUGAAUCUUAUUUAUAUUCUACCACUCAAAUAAAAGCGUCUAACUCGCCCUCGAAGAAUAUCAAUGAUGGUAACCUUAACACUUCAGCCCGACAGUUAUCGCACACUAUUGCCUCUUCAGCUCAUGGCUCUAAUCCACACACGCCUUCAUCACCGCAUACUUCGAUACUUUCUCAAUCAGCAUAUGUUUCAUCUCCUGGUGCUUUCCCUAUGACUUCCCCUCCAUCUCAUGGUAUUCAAACACAUGGGAUUCAAACUUUAUCAUCUAAUCAAGUGGUCCCUUCACCAUCAAUGCCUGUUCCCGAUCAAUCGCCAGCUAAUAUAUUUAAUGUAAACUCGCCAAUGAAUCCAUUGCACGCACCGUCGCCUUCAUUUCUUGCGGCUCCGUCUCCAUCCGCAUCGAAUCAAUUUCAUUCUCAAUCACCUGUUUCUCAAUAUCAUGCAACUAAUACCCCACAAACAGGAAUUGAAAAUUCUAUUGGUUCUCCAUUUACUACACCAAAUAUGCCCGCAUCUAAUAUAUCGAUGCCUUCUCCGGCACCUAAUGUAUGGCCUGGAAGUCCAUCACUUCCUCGUCCAUCUCCGCGAUCAAUUGGUCCAUCGCAAAGUCCUGGUAUAAGUCAAGUUUAUCAUAUGUCUAACAUUGCUAGCCCUCAAAGUAUUGGAGGGCCUCAACAUUUAAAUACGAUGCACAGCAAUAUUACUUCAGCACUGAUUCCUUCUAAUCGGAUGUUACCACAGAGGCCGUGGGCCGCAGCCAUUCCCACUUUACUAACUCAUCAGGGAUUUGAUAUAAUGUGUAAACCUAAUGCAAACAUGGAUAAUAUGUCAAUGCCUGCAAUUAACAAUAAUGUUUAUUAUUUGUUAUCACAACUCGAAAGAUUUCUUGGAUGUGUUUAUGUCAGGCGUAAUAUUCAAAGGGCCGUUACUCAGGAUGAGAAGUUUAAUUUUAUUAUGACACCUGAACCCGGAGUUAUUCAAUUUAAAAACGACACUAUGGUAUUCAAAUUAAGUUUAGACACCAUUUCAAUGCAGUCGUUACAUCUAAAGAUCGCUCCUUUAUCUGAUGUAAGCCAUACCUGGUCUCGCGAUGAUCUGGAAAUUUUACAACAAUUCUUUGAAAACAAAGUAGUGUGCGCUCCCUUUAAACCCAAUGCUUUUCUUACUUAUAGUCGUAUACUUAACGCUCCAAUGAAAAUAUUAAAAGAUUGCAUUCAAUUGAUGCGAUUAGAAUUGUCACCCGACCGAUCACUUAAAUGGACACUUCAUUGGUGUUUGACUAUACCUCCCGCGUCCGCUACUAUAGGAUUGCCAGGGAUGUCAGCGUGUCUUAUGGUUAAAAAUAAAAUGCUUAUAUUUAUACAAUUGACUCGUAUACCAAUGGCCGGUCAUAACCUGAAUGCCGAACCAUUUUCCAUAAUCGUUCCGUUUGUUUACGAUAUAAACACUCACUCUAUACAAGUGGCAGGUUUUGGUCGCGACUCUCAAUACUCGCAAUCAUCGGUACUUAAUGUUAUCAAUAAUAUGUUGAAACGAUUUGCUGACUACGGAGCCACUGACGGAUUAUUAUAUUUGGCAAUUAAAGACAUUAUGGCUAAUUUGAAUGUCCCGUAAUUUAUAAACUUAAUUUAAAUUACAUGAGAGUUAAUUAUUUAAAAUGUUUAUACUAUAUAUAAUUGCACUGUAUAAUUAUCUUAUUUAAAACUGCAAAUAUUUAAAUAUUAAUUUAAUAGCGUAUGAAAUAUAUU